GUCGGGAUCAAAGUUGCAACAUUAAUAUAAAAAGAUGUCUUCUAAGAGAAAGCUUCACAAGUGGUCAAUCGAUUUUUCCGGACAUGGAAGAUCAAAAUCUGACAGACAGGUCCAAGUCCAAGACAUACGGGCUCCUGUUGGUUACACGGAAAGUACAGGCACCAUAGUGGAACAAAGCGGGAAAGAAGCGGAUCAAAAACUGAUAGACAAGAGAUCAUGGGACAUAGCUUUGGGGCCUCUAAAACAAAUUCCUAUGAAUUUUUUCAUUAUGUGGAUGGCUGGUAAUUCAAUAUCCAUUUUCCCAAUCAUGAUGGUUGGCAUGAUGUUCUUCAAACCCAUACAAGCCUUCAUCUCUGUUCAAAACACAUUUGUCAUGAUAGAAGGAUCACAAGCCAUUAUACAAAAGUUUAUUUACAUAUUUGGUAACUUUGUGUGCUUGAUGCUAGCAAUGUAUAAAUGUCAGACCAUGGGAUUACUUCCUACUCAUGCUUCUGAUUGGCUGGCCUUUAUGGAUCCUCAAAAGAGAAUGGAAUGGAGUGGAGGUGGAUUGUAUUAUUAAAAUGAAGAAAAUAAAAGGCAUAACAGAUAACAUUUUUAUACCUUGUUAAUUGACAUUAUGAAAUUACAGCUGUUGUGUGCAAUAAAUUUAGGAAAAAGAAAUUUGA